GGGCGGAGGCAGCGGCGGUAGCGGGGCCGGAGCUGGGCGGUGUGAGCAGAGCGUGGGCCAGGCCGAGCGGAGGGAGGCUGCCACAGACCCUCAACUCCCAGGACUCUUCGUCCCAAGCUCUGGAGGCUGCACCCCCGCGCUUCCUUGGACGACUAAAGGGUCUCUCCCCCGUGACCCCCACCCCCACCCCCAUGACCUCCUCAUAGGACCCAAGAGCACCCCCGGACGAGGGUGUCGUAGGUACAGGUCAUCGGCUCCGUGAUCCCUCACGGUCUAGGGGCUCGGUUUCCCUCACAGGCCCGCCUCCCUCGUGACCCGUCCCUACGGACAUCUACCAUUAGGACCCCUGCUCACUCGCUGGUCCCCGACGGUCGCCUCCUUCUCGAAGUACUCCCAGAGGGUCUCCUACAAGCAGACCUUUGGAUCUCUGGCAAGCCCCACCCCCAACCGAGGUGGGGAGACCGCGGCAGCCAUGCCCGCCUUGGGGCCCCCGUCACCUCGUCACUCCUUGGGCACCCAAGCUGGGGUCUAGCAGGGGGCCAGCAGCCAAGAGGCUGGGGGAGGAGAAAGGUCGGGGUCGACCUCCCUACCAGGGAGGGAGCAAAGAUGGAGCGGCGGGAGGAGCAGCAGCCAGGGGCUGGAGCAGCCUCGGCCUUGGACUUCACCGUGGAGAACGUGGAGAAGGCGCUGCACCAGCUCUACUACGACCCCAACAUCGAGAACAAGAACCUGGCUCAGAAGUGGUUGAUGCAGGCCCAGGUCUCCCCACAGGCCUGGCACUUCAGUUGGCAGCUCCUGCAGCCGGACAAGGUGCCUGAGAUUCAGUACUUUGGGGCCAGUGCCCUGCACAUCAAGAUCUCUCGCUACUGGAGUGACAUCCCUUCUGACCAGUACGAGAGUCUGAAGGCACAGCUUUUCACCCAGAUCACCCGAUUCGCCAGUGGCUCCAAGAUUGUGCUGACUCGGCUCUGCGUGGCCCUGGCCUCUCUGGCUCUCAGCAUGAUGCCGGACACGUGGCCGUGUGCGGUGGCAGAUAUGGUACGGCUCUUCCAGGCUGAGGACUCCCCAGUGGAUGGCCAGGGCCGUUGCCUGGCCCUGCUCGAGCUGCUGACAGUGCUGCCCGAGGAGUUCCAGACCAGCCGCCUGCCCCAGUACCGCAAAGGGCUGGUGCGGGCCAGCCUGGCUGUGGAGUGCGGGGCUGUCUUUCCGCUGCUGGAGCAGCUGCUGCAGCAGCCCAGCUCGCCCGGCUGCGUGCGUCAGAAGGUGCUCAAGUGCUUCUCCAGCUGGGUGCAGCUGGAGGUGCCGCUGCAGGACUGUGAGGCGCUCAUGCAGGCUGCCUUCGCUGCCCUGCAGGACUCAGAGCUCUUUGACAGCAGUGUGGAGGCCAUUGUCAAUGCCAUCUCACAGCCUGAUGCCCAGAGGUACGUGAACACACUCCUGAAACUCAUCCCGCUGGUGCUGGGCCUGCAGGAACAACUGCGACAGGCAGUGCAAAAUGGGGACAUGGAGACCUCCCAUGGCAUCUGUCGCAUUGCAGUGGCCCUGGGCGAGAACCACUCCCGGGCCUUGCUGGACCAGGUGGAGCACUGGCAGAGCUUCCUGGCGCUGGUCAACAUGAUCAUGUUCUGCACGGGCAUCCCUGGCCACUACCCCGUCAACGAGACCACCAGCUCCCUCACGCUCACUUUCUGGUACACGCUGCAGGACGACAUCCUGUCCUUCGAGGCCGAGAAGCAGGCCGUCUACCAGCAGGUGUACCGGCCGGUCUACUUCCAACUGGUGGAUGUGCUUCUGCACAAAGCCCAGUUCCCUUCCGACGAGGAGUACGGAUUCUGGUCCUCCGACGAGAAGGAGCAGUUCCGAAUUUACAGGGUAGACAUCUCGGACACACUCAUGUACGUCUAUGAGAUGCUGGGGUCUGAGCUGCUCAGCAACCUCUAUGACAAGCUUGGCCGUCUGCUCACCAGCUCGGAGGAGCCCUACUCUUGGCAGCACACAGAGGCCCUGCUCUACGGCUUCCAGUCCAUCGCGGAGACCAUCGAUGUCAAUUACUCCGACGUCGUGCCCGGGCUCAUUGGGCUCAUUCCACGGAUCAGUAUCAGCAACGUGCAGCUGGCCGAUACGGUGAUGUUCACCAUCGGAGCUCUGUCGGAGUGGCUGGCUGACCACCCUGUCAUGAUCAACAGCGUCCUGCCCCUCGUGCUGCAUGCCCUCGGCAAUCCGGAGCUCUCCGUCUCCUCCGUGUCCACCCUCAAGAAGAUCUGCCGUGAGUGCAAGUACGACCUGCCGCCCUACGCCGCCAACAUCGUGGCCGUCUCCCAGGACGUGCUGAUGAAACAGAUCCAUAAGACGAGCCAGUGCAUGUGGCUGAUGCAGGCGCUGGGCUUCCUGCUGUCAGCCCUGCAGGUGGAGGAGAUCCUCAAAAACCUGCACUCGCUCAUCUCGCCCUACAUCCAGCAGCUGGAGAAGCUGGCGGAGGAGAUACCCAACCCCUCCAACAAGCUGGCCAUCGUCCACAUCCUGGGGCUUCUCUCCAACCUCUUCACCACGCUGGAUGUCAGUCACCAUGAGGAUGAGCACGAAGGCCCGGAGCUCCGGAGGCUGCCAGUGCCACAGGGACCCAACCCUGUGGUGGUGGUACUGCAGCAAGUCUUCCAGCUCAUCCAGAAGGUGCUGAGCAAGUGGCUGAAUGAUGCUCAGGUGGUGGAGGCUGUGUGCGCCAUCUUCGAGAAGUCGGUCAAGACGCUGCUGGAUGACUUUGCCCCCAUGGUGCCGCAGCUGUGUGAGAUGCUGGGGCGGAUGUACAGCACCGUCCCCCAGGCCUCGGCGCUGGACCUCACGCGACAGCUGGUCCACAUCUUUGCUCAUGAGCCUGCCCACUUCCCCCCGAUCGAGGUCCUCUUCCUGCUGGUCACCUCCGUCACCCUCACCCUCUUCCAGCAAGGGCCCAGGGAUCAUCCUGAUAUUGUUGAUUCAUUUAUGCAACUCCUGGCACAGGCUCUGAAGCGGAAGCCAGAUUUAUUCCUGUGUGAACGAUUGGAUGUCAAAGCUAUAUUCCAAUGUGCUGUGCUGGCCCUCAAGUUCCCCGAGGCGCCCACUGUCAAGGCCUCCUGUGGUUUUUUUACUGAGCUGCUGCCUCGCUGUGGGGAGGUGGAGCCUGUGGGGAAGGUGGUGCAGGAGGACGGCCGGGUGCUGCUGGCAGCCGUGCUGGAGGCCAUUGGGGGCCAGGCAUCCCGCAGCCUCAUGGACUGCUUUGCUGACAUCCUGUUCGCCCUGAACAAACACUGCUUCAGCCUCCUGAGCAUGUGGAUUAAGGAGGCACUGCAGCCACCUGGUUUUCCCUCUGCCCGCCUCAGCCCGGAACAGAAAGACACCUUCAGCCAGCAGAUCCUUCGUGAACGAGUGAAUAAGAGGCGGGUGAAGGAGAUGGUAAAGGAGUUCACCCUGCUGUGCCGGGGACUGCACGGCACAGACUAUACAGCUGACUACUGAGGGGCAUGCCCGCCACCUGCCCCCCACCCCUCUUUCCCCAUCUCGCUCCCCAAAGAAUAAACCUGGAUCUUCA